CACCCCUUCCUAGCGAAGCGGAAUCCAGAAAAAGCGAGGGAGAAGAUGAGUGACGCACCCAAGAGGCAAGGAGGCCGACCAAUGCCCCCGCCUGCAAGAGGCCCUCCUCCGCCUCCUCCCCCUCGCCCACGCUUCGAACCAGUUGAUCGCGAAAAGACGUGUCCGCUACUACUGCGAGUGUUCACUAAGACUGGAGGUCAUCAUACCAAUGAGGAAUUCGCAGUGAGAGGCAAGGAGCCGAAGGAUGAGGUUCAAAUUUAUACAUGGAAGGAUGCAACUCUUAGGGAGUUAACUGAUCUUGUCAAAGAAGUGGCUCCGGCUGCAAGGAGAAGAAAUGCAAAGCUUUCCUUCGCAUUUGUUUAUCCUGAUAAGCAUGGCCGCUUCUUGGUUAAAGAGGUGGGCAAAACUUUAUCAUAUGGAAAUGGACGAUUAGAUGAUGGCAAGGCUUUAGCUGAACUUGGUUUUGAGAUUGGCGAUUACUUGGAUGUGGCAAUUCUAUAAUUGAAUGUGUCGGGGAUGGUCCCUUGGGAAGGUCUUGUAUCACCAAUUAGGCUAUUUUCGAAUUUAAAGAGUGUUCUCCUAUGUGUACAUUCUUGUGGACUAUGUAGUGAUCAAAGUCACUUGGACUGAAAAUUCUAGUUUGCUGCCACUGCAUCUCCCACUCGAUUGGACGAUCCCGCCGUAAACUGUCGCCAGUGAACAAUUAACAAAUAUGUCCAAUUAACAAGUAGUUCCGUCAUUUUUUAAAGUUGAUUUGUGUGUUUAUUUACUCAAAUGACUUAAAUUCAUUUGUUGGCCCUGGCAAGUCCAAGCAGCUAUGCGGGCCUCUUU